AUGAAAGGUGGUCCAAAACAGCUGUGUUUCCUGGUUCUACUGAGUCUCUUUACAGGUAAGCACUAACUGGAGACCUUUUGGGCUGGCGGUUCUUAACAGGUUUGGAGAUCUUUAGAACUGGGCUGGCAUAGGAAGGGCAAUAGCAUUGCACAGGGCUUUGGUAGCAGUCUGAUAUGCAGCAGUUUGACAGGUGAAUUGUGUACAUUUCCAGAAGUGCAGGAAAAUCACCUGAUUCAUUUGUGCCAGGCUGCUGUUCAAAGCAGAGGUCAUGGGCACUAAAGGUAUCUGUAAUUCUGAAGGAUUAGACAGUGCAUCCUUCUGCAUGUUUUACUCAGAAGUAGAGAGGGGCAGUUUUGUUUCUCAUUUUUCCUGUCUUCAGUUCGGUUCUCUACAUGAAAAUUCACCAGACCUCAUGAAAGUUAACCAGUGUUUUAGUGCAAAUUUCUCCUAUCGUAUGUAUUUUUGUAGGCAAUUUUGCCUCGUAUACACAUUUUUUGCAAAGCUAUUUUCACAAAGAUAAUGUAUUUUACAUGCUAUUUUCAGUAAUGUGUGCAUUUUUAUGCACACUUUGCAUGCAUUUUUGUACACAUUGCUUAGCUGCAGAGCUGCACUGCAACAUUCAGAGAGGUGUGAAUUUUGAAGGCUGGCUGUUUCGGUUUGCAUAUUGUUUCUGAAAGUGUGAAUUAGGUAAGUUUGCCUUAAAGUGCAAAUUGAAUUCAAUCCUCCCCCCCAUCCCUACUCAGAAGCCCCAUUGAGUUCAUUAGCUGUGUAUAGCAGGGAUAGGCAGCCAUAUAGAUGUUUAGGGUCCCUGGCUGUUAGAUGUCCAACAUCACCUGGAGGCAACCACAUUGGCUAGCUGUGGGGUACAGAGUUGCGGCAUAAAAUGUGAGCUCUGUGGCUGAAUUUAGAAGAGGCAUUUUCUUUUUAAAUGUCUAUCCUGCCGUUCCUUCCAAAGGAGUUCAAGGCGGAAGACAAUAAGGCUUUAAAAAAUAAAAUAAAGAAAAGCAUUCAUAAAUAUUAAUUAUACCUAAGCACCUUAAGAACAUCCAAAAACAUUUCAAAACAAUCACAGCUAAUAAUUUCCAGGGUUGCUGGGAACAGUCCCUUUCAGCCAUCAAAUAUCUGGGUGAACCAAUAAUGUUUUUACACUUGCCAUUGCCUGCAAUGAUUUUCUGCUUUUGUUUAAAAGCAAUAAAAAUACUUCACCAAAACAACAGCAACCCUAGGCAAAGAGGAAUGUUUUAAGAUCCACCUCAAAUGUUUAUAAUGAGGGAGAGAAAUGUACCUCACCAGAGAGGUCACUCCUCAAAUGGGGAACCACCACUGAAAAGGCCCUGCCUUGAACCUGAUGGUGCCAUAGGUUACAGAGCAAACUUUCAUCGGAGGCCAAUUUUAGUAGUGAGGCUGUAAAUUUAAAAAUAAAUUAAAUUUAAAGAUUAAAAAUUUAGGUAGGUAGUCAUGUCGGUCUGACGCAGUCGAAAUAAAAAAAAAAUUGUCCAGUAGCACCUUAGAAACCAACUAAGUUGUUCUGGGUCUGCAUGCACAUGAAAGCUUAUAUCCAGAACAAACUUAGUUGGUCUCUAAGGUGCUACUGGACAAUUUUUUAAUUAAAAAUUUAAUUAAAGAAAACCUUAAAAGAGGAGCAACCAGCAAAAUAGGUUUUAGUCAGCUGACAACCUUAACUAUAACCUACCAUGUUUUCUUAGGAUAGAGGGUCCCUUAUUCAUAGAAUAGGGUGGUGUUCUUUGUUUUGAAACACUUUUAAUCAACUGACAUUUGGUAUAUUCACCAGUGUCACUUGUGGUAUUUUCCAUCAAUAAAGGGAUCCAUUGUUCCGUUGCCUUGUACCACCAUCAGGGUCAAGUAGGCUCAAAUUAAAGUACUGUAGCUGGAGUGGGGAAAUGAAUAACUUGAAUAACAAUCUUACGCAUGCCUACUCAUCGGUAAGCCCUAUUAAGUUCAAUGGGGCUUGCUCCUAGGUAAGUGGGUAAGAAGAGCCGGCUGUGUCACGCCAAUAGUGUGUCUGCUAGCAUCCUGUUCUCACAAUCGCAUAGCUGUCAACUUUUCCCUUUUCUUGCGAGGAAUCCUAUUCGGAAUAAGGGAAUUUCCCUUUAAAAAAAGGAAAUGUUGACAGCUAUGCAAUCGCUAACCAGCUGCCCAUGGGAAGCCUAUAAGUGAGACUUGAGCCAGACAACACACUCCCUUUUCUACAGUUUCCAGACAGUGGAGGCAAGGCAUAGCCAUCUAGGUUGGUAGCUGUAGACAGCCUUCUCCCUGUCUAUUCCUCUUUUAAAAGCUGUCCAAGAGAGAGAGCCCCUGUCUCAAAUCCUCAGGAGCCACUGCCUGUCAUUGCAAACCAGAAGUCUGGAGUCUUCCAGGUGUUACUGAAUCUCAAUGCCCAUCAUCCCCAGCCAGCACAGCCAAUAGCCAAAGGUUCCCCACACAUGUGAGACAAAACUGAGCUAUGUAGACUAAUGGUCUGACCUGACCCCCAUUCACACCAGACAUUGAAAACACUGCGAUACCACUUUAAACAGUCAUGGCUUCCCCCAAAGAAUUCUGGGAGCUGUCAUGAGAUAAGGGUGCCAUUCCCCUCCCAGAUCUACAAUUCUGUAGCUCUGUGAGAGGACUAGGGGCCUCCUAACAAUUCUUAUCACCCUUAAGAAACUGCAGAUCCCGGAAUUCAUUGUGGAGAGCCAUGACUGUGGUACAAUAGUGCUUUCAAUGUAUACAGACCCUCCAACUGUUCCUAUUUUUCAGGGGGUAGUCCUGGAUUUUCAGAAGCCGCCCCAUUUUCUGACUUGAUCCUGGAAUGCCCCGCUUUUCCUUGUUGUUGUUGUUUAGUUUAGUCGUGUCUGACUCUUUGUGACCCCAUGGACCAGAGCACUCCAGGCACUCCUGUCUUCCACUGCCUCCCGCAGUUUGGUCAAACUCAUGCUGGUAGCUUCGAGAACAGUGUCCAACCAUCUCGUCCUCCGUCAUCCCCUUCUCCUUGUGCCCUCAAUCUUUCCCAGCAUCAGGGUCUUUUCCAGGGAGUCUUCUCUUCUCAUGAGGUGGCCAAAGUAUGGGAGCCUCAGCUUCACAAUCUGUCCUUCCAGUGAGCACCCAGGGCUGAUUUCCUUCAGAAUGGAUAGGUUUGAUCUUCUUGCAGUCCAUGGGACUCUCAAGAGUCUCCUCCAGCACCAGAAUUCAAAAGCAUAAAUUCUUCGGCAAUCAGCCUUCUUGAUGGUCCAGCUCUCACUUCCAUACAUCACUACUGGGAAAACCAUAGCUUUAACUAUACGGACCUUUGUUGGCAGUAGAUCAACGUAUCCAUUCUUAAGGAAAUCAGCCCUGAGUGCUCACUGGAAGGACAGAUCAUGAAGCUGAGGCUCCAAUACUUUGGCCACCUCAUGAGAAGAGACGACUCCCUGGAAAAGACCCUGAUGUUGGGAAAGAUAGAGGGCACAAGGAGAAGGGGACGACAGAGGACGAGAUGGUUGGACUGUGUUCUCGAAGCUACAAACAUGAGUCUGACCAAACUGCGGGAGGCAGUGGAAAACAGGAGUGCCUGGCGUGCUCUGGUCCAUGGGGUCACGAAGAGUCGGACACGACUAAACGACUAAACAACAACAACAACCUUUGUUGGCAAGGUGAUGUCUCUGCUUUCCCUAUUUUCAUCAGGGAAAUGUUGGAGGAUAUGUGUAUGUUCCUAACUCCUUUUCGUGGGCUAGCAGCUUUUUGUAUACUCACCUGUCCUACAAACCUCCUGCCCAUUUUUUGUCAGACUCUGCUAGACCCAGAGGUAACCACAGCCUAUUUUAGAACGGUCCCCAGGAGAGGAAGAGCCUGUCAUGUAAGGUUCCACCCCACCCUACAAGGCCCACUUACCUGCAAAGUUCCCUUUUUGAAAAUAAAAUUUAAAAAAACUUAUCUUCUGUUUCCUGUCAACAGGGGCAGGAAAAGGGAACUAAAACCAGCAUGGUACCCCUUGAGAGAUGGCCGGGGAGGGGGUGUCAUCAUGAAGUGGAGAUGUGGUUCAGUGAAAGGGAAGGAACGGGGGAGAGAAAAUUACACAGCUUGUUACUGGAACGGCAAUUCAAAAUGGGGGUGGGUGGUUACGUGCCCCCCCCAUUUUUGUUCUUAACAAACCCAGUAGCUUGGAUGCCAUGCAAGAAAUUCAGCAGGUGACCACUUCACAUCAGGAAAAUAGUCGCCUGCUAAAUAACUAGGCUUCUGUAAAAACACAGGGGGCAUUUUCCUGUCAGUGACAGGCCACUCUCUGCUUUUCCACGAUGUCCGGGCAAAAGUCUGAUCUGCUAAAAUUAUAAUAGAUUUUACAUGGUGUCCUUCAUGUAACCACCAUUAAAUUAAAGAUUGCAUUAAUAUGUGUAUUCUGCUUUUCUGGUAACAAUGUUGAGUUCAAAUCAGCUCAUAAUAAUGAUGAUGAUGAUGAUAAUGAUAAUAAUUAAAAAUUAGCAAACAUUACAAUCAAAAAUGCAAUCCCAUAUAAAUAAGGCAAAAAUGAGCAAAUUCUGCACAAACUCAUAAUGAUUCAAUGACAGCCCUUAGCAUCAGGUAGGUAGCCGUGUUGAUCUGACACAAUAUCUUUCAUCUAUCUAUCUAUCUAUCUAUCUAUCUAUCAUCUAUCUAUCAUCUAUCUAUCUAUCUCCAGUAGCACCUUAGAGACAAACUAAGUUUGUUCUGGGUAUAAGCUUUCAUGUGCAUGCACACUUCUUCAGAUACACUGAAACCAGCCCUUAGCAGUUUUUUUUCUUUUUUCUUUUUCUUAUUAUUAACACUAUUUUAAAAGUACUGUACAGAACAAUCCAUUCCUCAUCUCAUACAGGAGACAAGGGGAGUCUAAAGUAAAAUAAACAGAACAAAACAGAAACACUAACUGGUCAGUACAACCCAUCAAGAAGUACCAAAAUUCAAGCCCACAAUGUUCAAAGCAACCGUUAAGUUUUGUAUGCUGCUGGGAUAUGUCUUUGUAGUCCAUCUUUGCUUGCAUAAGAAACAAAACAGUGUCAAUCUGACUUAAAUGGAUCUUUAAAUUUCAUUCCUUUAGCCGAACAUAGAUUUUAAAUUAAUUUUUCCACCCAAGCACCUGGCCAAACCAUCUUAUAACUGAGCCUCUUGGGUUUGCUGAUCAGAAGGUUGGCGGUUCGAAUCUCCGGGAUGAAGUGAGCUCCCGUUGCUCUGUCCCAGCUCCUGCCAACUUAGCAGUUCAAAAGCACGCCAGUGCAAGUAUAUAAAUAGGUACCGCUGUGGUGGGAAGGUAAACGGCGUUUCCGUGCGCUCUGGUUUCUAUCACGGUGUUCCGUUGCGCCAGAAGUGGUUUAAUCAUGUUGGCCACAUGACUCGGAAAACUGUCUGUGGACAAAAGCAGGCUCCCUCAGCCUGAAAGUGAGAUUAGCGCCCCAGCCCCAUACUCGCCCUUGACUGGACUUAACCAUCAUGGGGUCCUUUACCUUUACCUUAGCUAUACCAGUUAGCUAACACGGCAUCCUUUAGGAGGUUCUUCCAAUAUUGAGCAACAGCUGGCUGGGCAGCUGCAAGAAGAUAGCCAAUUCGAGGUUUUAAGUGACAAUCCCCAUUGUUCUGAAACAUGUUUAACAGGACUAAUGACUGCUGUCCAGUCAUUUUAGUAAUUUCUGAAAAGAUCACAGUCCGAAACCGGAACUCUUUUUUACAAGCCCCCCCACAUAUGCUGGAAAGAUGUGUGUCUCUUAGUUCUGGUCCUAUGGCUGCAUUUACCUGAACACACUGUUAGUUCACAAUCAACUUGUGGCAGGAUCUUUUCAGUGGUGGUUCCCCAUUUAUGGAAUGCCCUCUGUAGUGAGAGGUAUCCAUCUCCAUCAAUCAAUAAAAAUAAACCAUGACUUAUGGUGGCAUGUAUUUAAUCAAGACUGUUCAAAGCUAGCAGCUAGGAACUGCCUUACUUUGAGACCAAACACUGGUUUGUCUAGGUCAGGGCUGGGGAACCUUUGGCCAUCCCUGCUUCCACUAGACCACAACUCCCAUCAUCCCUGACCAUUGGCCAUGCUAGCAGGGGCUGAUGGGAGUUGGAGUCCAACAAGCAUCUGGUGGGCCAAAAGGUCUUUCACUCCUGGUUCCAGGUCAGCUCUGUGUCCACAGAUGUAUUCUAUGAUUGGUUUGUGGUUUUGUUGACAUCCUAUGAAAAAAUAAAGAGGAUUCAUCGGGAUCAAUGUUUUCAUGGUGACAAUAAGCAGAUCUGAGAUUUUUACUGUGCAGCGUAAGUUUUAAUUUAAUAGAGUGUUAGGUGGGGUACCACAACUAAUGUGGCUGGAGCAACAAGUAAUAUAUUAUUACUACUAUUAUUAUUGUUGUUGUUUAGUUGUUUAGUCAUGUCCGACUCUUCGUGACCCCAUGGGCCAGAGCACACCAGGCACUCCUGUCUUUCACUGCCUCCCACAGUUAGGUCAAACUCAUGUUAGUAGCUUCAAGAACACUGUCCAACCAUCUUGUCCUCUGUCGUCCCCUUCUCCUUGUGCCCUCCAUCUUUCCCAACAUCAGGGUCUUUUCCAGAGAGUCUUCUCUUCUCAUGAGGUGGCCAAAGUACUGGAGUCUCAGCUUCAGGAUCUGCCCUUCCAGUGAGCACUCAGGGCUGAUUUCCUUCAGAAUGGAGAGGUUUGAUCUUCUUGCAGUCCAUGGGACUCUCAAGAGUCUCCUUCAGCACCAGAAUUCAAAAGCAUCAAUUCUUUGGUGACCAGCCUUCUUUAUGGUCCAGCUCUCACUUCCAUACAUCACUACUGGGAAAAUUAUUGUUGUUAGCAAAUUUAAUUCUACUAGAUCAGACCUUUACCCAGGCCAUUUGGAAAAGUAAAGUGUGUGCACACAUUCUCAUUUUCUCUCUGUCUUGGGGCAGGAGGAGGGUAACCCAAAUGUUUGGUGAGCCGAUGGUCUCUUGACAUAUUUCCAACCGCACUUGUAGCUAAGUCUUCAAAGAUGUUGGAAAGAGGGAUUGAAUUCCCAGAUACACCAUUUUGUUGUAUUUUAAAUAAGUAGGCCUGAGAAUAUGGCUCUUACGGCUUAAGGAAUGUUGGAACUAGCUUUCUUUUGUUCUGUUUGCAAACUCUUUUCAAGCCACUGCUACUCAUCUAAUAAAAUCCUUUUUGACUUAUGACUUCAGUAUCUGCCCAUACGUUAACAACAUUUGUUUACAUCCUCAUCUGUGCUCUUCUGUCUUCAUAGAAAAGAUCCCAGAGAUCUGUGGAUGAAAGGCCAGUACACAAAUUUUAAUAAAAAAUAAUAGUAAAUGGAGUGAGAGCAUUUUUGAUAGUGACAGCCCAUUUGUGGAACUCCUUUUCCAGUUGAUCCUAUAGGUGCUAUGCAAAGACUCUAAAAAGAUAAAUAUCCCAGGCCUUUAAAACUUCUGAAAUAUUUCAGAGAUGGGAGGGAGGGAGGGAGGGAGGGAAGGAAGGAAGGAAGGAAGGAAGGAAGGAAGGAAGGAAGGGGGAUGGAGGCCAGUAUUGUCUAUGGCACACCUGACCCAGGCUACCAUAGCACACUGGUUGAAAACCACUGCCCUAAAUAAAACAAAGGGAGAUUUCCACAUAAAAAGAAAGAAAAGAAGACGGCUCUUUCUACAACUUGUAGACAUCAAAACUUCUUCUCCCUUCUCCCUUCUCCAGGUUAUGCUUGUGAGAACCAGACCACAGUUGACAAGUCCAUUUCACCAUCAGACACACUAAAUGCCAGCAGCUCUGGAACAACAGAAGCCACUCUGCCUCCUACGACUGAGAAAAAACGCCCCAAAACAGCCCCCCUGCCUACACCAGUGGGCUAUGUGUCCAUGACGGUGGAGCCUGGACGCCCCUCUUACAUAACCACCGAAGGGUCUUCUGCCACUCUAGAGUGCAAGUUCAAGGCCCCCAAAGGGGCCAAAGUCAUUUGGAAAAAGACUUGCUCCUCCAACUGCAGUGAAAGCUUUGCUGUCAAUGAGACUGACAGCCGGAAGAUCACGGAAGACAUUUCUCAAGGGUUGUCAACGCUCAGCUUCCAUUCAGUCCAAAGGGAAGACACAGCCAUGUACUAUUGCUGUGUGUCUGCUCCAUCGGCCGGCCAACGCCAGUCUUGUGGCACGUACCUCUGGGUCCGGAGUGAGUAUGAACCUUGUGACUCCAUAGGGUUGGGGUGGUAUCUGUAAAGCUGGGGUGGGUAAGUCUUUGGGUAUGCUGUAUUGUUUUUAACACUCGAUUGGGAGCCACCCAGAGUGGCUGGGGAAACUCAACCAGAUGGGCGGGGUAUAAAUAAUAUAUUAUUAUUAUUAUUAUUGUUAUUAUUAUUAGUCAUGGCUGUUAUGUACUGAAGUUCUCACCCUGGGCCAGCAGGGGGAUACUGUAGAUAGUUUUCACUCAGGUCCACAUAUGCAAAUAAGGAAUAGAAAGUGACGUUCAGUGAUUGGAUAGUUACAGAAUGUUGUUACUGUUACUUUGUAGUGGAGCUCUACAUAAGCAGGCUGGCUGAACCCUUCAGUCAGUUCUGUUCUGGCCUGCGAAUAAACAAGAGGUGUUUGAAGAAUUGCUGUGUCAUCUGAUAUGUUCACCCACAACUUAACAAUGGCACACUUAAUCAUGACCAAAAAUACCCACACACCUCCGCUUGUGUGGCAAUUAGGCUUAGUAGUUAGUGAGAGAACCGCCCCCCCCACACACACAAUGCUUAUUGCCAUGCCUUGGGGGGGGGGUGCAAUUCUCAUUGGAACUUUGGCUGGAGAAAGCAGAGAUGACUCCCUGUAUUCUGUGAUCCUAACUAAAAUUGCUCCCCCACCACCACCACCAAAAAUGGGCAACAAUUAGACUUAGGGGGAAAGUGCCCAUUGGUGCCAAUGGGAUUUCUACACACACACACACACACACACACACACACAGACACACACACACACACAAAAGCUGUGUUGGGAUCAGCAGGCAAGCUGAGGGAAGGGUGUAUAGGCUGUUAGUUUGGGGUUUGCUUGUGUGUGUGUUUUUUUAAAAAAAUGCCUUAAGAAAAAUAAUUUGUAAUUGGCCAAUGCAUAUCAGAAGAGAGUAUAAGAUGACUAAAUUCUAAACUCUAAAACUUUUCUAGGAGCUACUUUGCAAAAAUAAAAUUUAUCUCAUUAUAGAUCUGAAAUAAAUACAAUCUGAAAAUCAGAAAUAUCUCAAGAUAUUCACUGUUGUUUUAUGUUUAAUUUUCAACAUUGGCCUUGAAAUGUUGUUUUAUAUCUGAUUCUGAAUCCUGACACUUGGAAAACCAUUGACGAUGCAAGACUUGGACUGGGGUUUCAAUACCCUGAUGAGUGAUAACUUCUUUUGGCAAGUCUCUGUCUUUUCAGUGUAAUCUAACUUGUAGAUGUAAGGAUAAAAUGAGAUACAGGCCCUGCAUACUCAACUCAGAGCUCCAUGGUGAAAUAAUAGGAUUAUGGAAACUAGAUAAAUAAAACAAAUCUUACUAUUGAAACCUGUGAGUAGCGACUUGGGCGUAAGGACCACUGUGUUCAAUGAGCUUCCUCUGAAUUACGUAAGAUUGCAGUCUUGGGUUGAGAGAUAUUUCUUUGAGAGCCAGCUUGAGUCCCAUCAGGGAAAAAGGUGGGGUAUACAUAAAUUUUAAGUAUUGGUAUUAAUAUUAGUACUGGUGGGGUGGUCUUUUUAAAAAUGAAAACUUUAAGUCUUGCUGAUAAGAGUCUUGAGGAAGUAGUGAAAACUAUAAUUUGCUGUGUUCAAUAGCUACACAUCUUAAUGCUGUCCUUUAAAAAUCCUUCAGCACCUAGAUUUGGGAGAGUUGGAGGGAAGGGGGCUGGUUAGGAGAUGAUGAAUUCAAAUGUUUGCUAGAAUGCAUCAGAUACGAGAAGUUUCUUGGCACAUCCCUCCCCCCCCCCCAAAGAAGUUUCAACUCUGAUAUUGUAUUAAUAGUCAUAAUAUUGUUCUUUGGCCAUUUCCUGACCACCUUCCUUCAAAUCACCAUUUGGAAAAUAUCAAAAGCUUAAGAUCAGACAGUCCAGAAAGACAUGAUCAGGUUGAAGCGGAAGAGGAGGAGGAGGAGGAGGACAGUGCUGGCAAACUGGCAGAGUCAAUUGCAGGGUUUUAAUUAGGCAGGAAAUCUAUCUCAGCCCUACAUGGAAAGGCCAGAGAGGCAGAUGUCCUACACUGAGCUACGGCUGUUCCCCAUUGUCUACAGCAGCGUUUCCCAAACUUGGGUCUCCAGGUGUUUUUGGACUACAAUUCCCAUCAUCCCUGACCACUGGCCCUGCUAGCUAGGGAUGAUGGGAGUUGUAGCCCAACAGCAGCUGGAGACCCAAAUUUGGGAAACCCUGGUAGAGCAGCAGACUUCAGGGCCCACCUUUAAGUCAAAAGACCCAUUUCUUAUUUAUUUAUUUUUCUACCAUCUAUUUGUAUGGUGUUACUGCCAUGGUCCAUCUCUGAUCUUUUCUCAACCCACCAGUUGAAAGCCAGUGGUCUAGAGCCAGCAAAACAACAAGUUGUGGUUGUUACAAUGUUAGGGAGUUAUCCCCCUUCCCCCUGUAAGUGAUGGCAGAUUAAAUGCUGGUCAUCAUUUUCUCAAGUGGUAAUUUUCUAUGUUGGGUGUGCAAUGUGUGCAUGCAUUCGGAUGAAAAAGGCUUCCAGAGCAAUAGAAACAAGACAGCUCCUGCCCUCAGGGUUAUAAUUUAGAUGUAAUAAUAAUAAUAAUAAUAAUAAUAAUAAUAAUAAUAAUAAUUUAUUUAUACCCUGCCCUUCCCGGUUUAAAAACCGGGCUCAGGGCAGAGAACAGCAAAUAUAAAACAUUGAUUAAAAUGCGACUUUAAAACAGCAUAAAAUACAACAUAAAAAUGCAGCAUCAAUAUCAAUAAAAUUCAAAAAUUCAGGGGUCAUUUUGGGAAGGGGGGGAAACCCCAGUCAGUAGACAUCAAAUGAUCACCAGGGCUAACUGGCCAAGUUGGUCCUACUAGGGCCAGGAAGGAGGCCAGUGAAACAUUUAAAUGUGGGGUCCCCGAAAGGGUUUCUUCAUAGAAGAGAAAAGGGAAAAGGGAACAGAGGAUCAGGCUAAUUCAAAUUUAAGGCCAGGUGGAAUAGCUCUGUCUUACAGACCCUGCAGAAGGAGAUCAAGUCCUGCAGGGCCCUAGUCUCGUGGGACAGAGCAUUCCACCAGGUCGGAACCAUCACUGAAAAAGCCCUGGCCCUGGUGGAGGAUAGUCUGGCUUCCUUAGGGCCUGGGACCUUUAAGCUAUUAUUAUUCAUGGACUUUACCAGGCAUACCAGGAGAGGCGGUCCCGUAAGUAUAAGGGUCCUAGGCCACAUAGGGCUUUAAAGAUCAAAACCAGCACCCUAAACCUGACCCGAUACUCCACUGGGAGCCAGUGCAACUGGUAAAGCACUGGGUGAAUAUGCUCCCAUGGCAGAGACCCUUUGAGGAGCCUCACUGCAGCAUUCUGCACCCGCUGGAGUUUCUGGGACAGUUUCAAGGGCAGCCCCGCAUAGAGCGAGUUACAGUAGUCAAGCCUGGAGGUGACCGUCGCAUGGAUCACUGUGGCCAGGUCAGGGUGGGAAAGGUAAGGGACCAACUGCUUGAUACAACGAAGGUGGAAAAAUGUUGCUGCAACCUGUGCCUCCAUGGAAAGGAAGGCAUCAAGGAUGACACAAAAGGCAAAUGGAUGAGGCAGGAGGAGGAAACUAGCACUCAAGACAGGAGUUCUUAGUUCCUGCUGUGGUAGAAAACUUCAGAGAGAGGAGAAACCAAGAAAUGCCAGUCUCUCAGCUGUGUUGAUGGAGUCUUCUCUUCCACCUUCUGAUUAAACAGCUGCUGCCAGGUGACACUUGAUAGCUUCUCAACAUGGGCCAAUAUAAGUUUCAGUUUCUUAUUUUUUCUAGUCUUUAAGUUCUGCCCUCCCCAUUUCCACAUUUUAGAAAAAGGCCUCAUGAAUUUCACCAGUGUUUUGGUGCAAUUUUCUUCCAAUAGACACCUUUUUACGUACAGUUUCCCCAUUUUUGCAAAGCAAUUUUCUGGAGUAUACUGCAUCUUUGUCAUUAUACAAGCAUUCUUAUGUGCAUGUUAUCUUAGUAGAUGCAUUUUUAAAACACUGCUUGGCUGGAAAACGACAUUGCAGAAUUCAGAGAGGUGCAUUUUUUCUCUUCUACUCUGCUGUAGCCUGCCAAAUGGUGAAGACAAUAUGAUUAUUUCCCUGCUUUCCCAGAUUUCUGCUUAGAUGUGUUUGGAUUUUCUUCAUCACCUGGCAGGGGGAAUUCAAGUUAACCACUUGCAAAGUUACCACUUGGUUAAAUAGAUAUAUACCUGGUGCCAGAUGUAGAAGGAAAAGAACGUGGGGUUGUAUUUAACUAAGUUCUACACAGAAUAGUCUAAAUGAAAUUAAUGGACUAAUAAUAAUAAUAAUAAUAAUAAUAAUAAUAAUAAUAAUAAUUUAUUUAUACCCCGCCCAUCUGGCUGGGCUUCCCCAGCCACUCUGGGUGGCUUCCAAAAAAAUAUUAAAAUACUAUAAUACAUCAAACAUUAAAAGCUUCCCUAAACAGGGCAGUUAGUCAUCCCCAUUCAUUUCAGUGGGUGUGCUCUGAGUAGCUGCACUCAUGGGUUAUAGUGAAGCAGCUUAGUUUUUCAGACUGGGGAUUUUCUAGAGACCUAAGCCAGGCUGGUAAUAUCUAUACAGGAUUCCUGCAUGGAAUUCUUAAAGUUGAUGGUUCUUCCAGAGAGAUGGGAGUGUAGCUAGAGUAGUGCCAGGGAGAAGCUCAGAGGAAAUAGGAACUGAUACAGGUGAGUUUUGGGUUAUGAGAAUAUUGAUAUUGUUUAUCUUCCUGGUUUCCUCCAAGGAGCCCCAACCACAUUUUAUCAUUUCUACAACUUUGUUAGGUAGGUUUCAUUGAGAAGUAAACAAGGUGUUACAACUAGCGUUGCUCCCAAACACCCAGUGAGUUAUAAGUCAGAGCAGAAUUCAUACUUCUGCCAGACAGUAUCUUGAUCAGGGUUUUUGUAAAUAUGCUCCACAACCUUGUUUUGUCAAUAAGAACUUUCAUUUCCUUUCUGAAAUUACCACUGGCCUGUGAAAUGACGUAUUGUCAGUCCGCACAACACAACAUUUAACCUGAAGCUUCAAAAUGGGGAAAUGUUUUCUGCAGAAUGUGAAGGGGCACAGAAGCCCCCACCAAAAAAAGUAUCUUAAGGAGAAAUCUGGAGAGUAGGUUUAGCCCUGUAAUGUACAAACAGAACCAUUGUGGAGAAGCAGCGCUGGCAUUGGUGCCAAUUUCAUAGCGAGUACUUGCCCAAAAUCGGUGCCAGUGCCAGUGCCACUUCUCUGUCAGUGGCAGAGGUGGCAGGGCAGGCAGAGUAAGGUAAAGAUAAAGGGACCCCUGACCAUUAGGUCCAGUCAUGGACAACUCUGGGGUUGCGGCGCUCAUCUCGCUUUAUUGGCUGAGGGAGCCUGCAUACAGCUUCCGGGUCAUGUGGCCAGCAUGACUAAGCCACUUCUGGCAAACCAGAGCAGCAUACAGAAAUGCCGUUUACCUUCCUGCCAGAGCGGUACCUAUUUAUCUACUUGCACUUUGUGCUUUCAAACUGCUAGGUUGGCAGGAGCAGGGACCGAGCAACAGGAGCAGGGGAUCGAACUGCCGACCUUCUGAUCGGCAAGCCCUAGGCUCUGUGGUUUAACCCACAGCACCACCCGUGGCAAGGCAGGCAGAGUAAAUCAAUACAAACAAAGAUACUUAAUGCAAUAAUACCUGGGGUGUAUAUUUUUCUUUGCAUACUUGUAGUUUUACCUGGGAUUGCAAGAGAGUGAUAAAAUAGUUAGGGAUGCUGUGGGGUUUCUGGAUCAAACACUCUCCUGCUUGCUGUCUUCUAGGGCCUCGACCAGCCUCUUUCCUGAACAUGACAGAAGGCGUCAAAAAUAAGAUCAUCACAGCUGAGGGUUUCCUGCUACUCAUCUGUGCCAUUGGUCCUGGUCUUUUUUUGCUCUUCAGGGUGAGCUGUUAUUUCCCUCUGCUUAGUCUUUGUAGGCAUGCACAGACAGAGAGAGCAUGGUGCAUAAAUGAAUCUGUCAGCCUACAGUUUCCAGUCACCAGAUCUUGUUCUGCUUUUUUUCUAUUUUUAAAGAGUAAAUUGCUACCCCCAAGAGCCAAACUGUCCUUUUAUCAGCAUGUGCACCAGCAACAGGCACAGCAUCUAGAUAAUAGCCUAAUACAAGGGUUUUCCCCCAAAUGGCAGUUCACUGGAAUCACAUGUGUCAGUUAUAGCAAAGGACCAAGGGUAUUGUCUGAGAACAAUAAUUGGAUGGCUCUGAAAUACAAAAUGCUGUUUGCUGUGUUCCUUUAGUAAAAGACUUGUGUGACGUGUUUAUCACAUCGAUAUCCCACUUCUCCACUGUCAUGAAACUUAAGGAAGCACACAGAGGGGUCUCAGAUAGGUUCCCAUCCAGGCACUGACAAGAACAUGAUGGCUGUGUCAUGCACCCUUAGACCAUGCUGUGGCCCCUGGUACUUAUCUGAGACCUGUUGUUAUAUCUAUACAGCUAACUGAAGACUAGUCCAUAUAAGCUAGAAUUGUCCAUCUACAAAUGCUGUGUGAAUUACAACUGGGCAUUUGGUGAAGUGGCCUGUUUAUUUCUCUGUCACACACAGCUGCCCAGGAUGUAAGUUUUCACCCAUGCACCCCAAUCAUGCAUGACAGAAAGUUCAUGCAACUACUUUUCCAUAUGGCCAGACAGAAUGUCGUAACAUGUGUUCAGUUUUAUCAUGUGCUGAUCAGCUGAGGACCAGUUUUUGUUUGUAUGAAAUGGCCCUUAAACUAAAAUUGAUUUAAUUGUUAUGCUCUUCUGUGAUCAACUCGUUAGGUACCAUUAACUGUGACCAACGUAUUGAGAACCUAUGAAAUCUAAGCAGUAAAUGGCUACCAAGAUUAUGAGCCUCUCAAUACUGGUAAUUGUCAUUUAGCAAGAAGUGGUAGUGAACAAUUCGCUAUAACUCACCUCUCGCUUCCUCAGAGAAGCCCAACUCUGAAAUGGGGGAAGGACAGUUAAACUGGUUUAAAGUUACAUCCACAACAUACUUAAAAAUAAUAAUAAUAAUAAAAGCCAUUAUUGUACCAUUUUAACAGUCAUGGCUUCCCUCAAAGAAUCCUGGUAACUGUAGUUUGCUAAGAGUGUUGGGAAUUGCAGCUCUGUGAGGGGUCUCCUAACAACUCUUGGCACCCUUAACUACAGUUCCCAGGAGUCUUUGGGAGAAGCCAUGGCUUUUAAAGUGACAGAAGAGUGCUUUAAAUGUGUGGUGUUUGUGUGUGGCCUGAGUUUGUGGCCUAAAAGCAUGUAAAAUGCACUGAAAACUGAUGCAGCUAAGCAAAGAUCCUAAGUAGUGCCAUCUCCAAUUUGGAGGAAAAGCACAUAGAGGAUAUGUCUCCAUUAUCUCACUCUUACUACUGGGCUGCAGGCUUUGGCAGGGCCCGAUGAUGCCUACCCUGAUGUUUUCAUAGUGUUUUGCUUGUCUUUUUUUGCAGAAGAGAUGGGAAAAUGAGCGCCUUUUACAAGCCAAGAAGAAGGCUUAUGAAGAGGAGAACAUAUAUGAGGUAAUUCCGGGAGACUUCUGUGCAUGGGCAUGGGAAAGGGAGGGGCAGCUGUCCCCCCCCCAAUAAAUAAAAAUGUUAACAAAAAUCCAGGCUACGCCCAUGCUUCUGUGCAGCAGAAUGUGGGAAAAUUCCAAAGCUGAAGGAGAUGGACACCACAGUGUAUUCAUAUGAUACUAGAAAUAGGAAGCCCAGCCAGUAUUCUGCAGCAACAUAAUCUAACAGCGGACAAAGAAACAUAUUCAUGCAUUAUAUAUAUAAUUUAUACACCGCUUGAUUGUAAGAAGAAAACAAAACCUCAAAGAGGUUUACAAAGAGAUAAAACAGUGAAAUCAAGAAAAAAAAUUACGACCUGACUUUAAAGCAGGCUCAGACUUUAACUUAGCCCUCCAGAUGUUUUUAGCCUACAACUCCCCUGAUCCCUAGCUAGCAGGACCAGUAAUCAGGGAUGAUGGGAAUUGUAGUCUCAAAACAUCUGGAGGGCCGAGUUUGAGGAAGCCUGCUUUAAAGCAUACAAAAGUUAAAAUGCUAAAACAGAUUUAAAUCACCUCAAAGUUCUAAGCUUCUGGGCAGACUUGUCUAAAGAGGAAUGUUUUUAGCAGAUGCUGAAAAGAGUUUAGUGAAGUCAUGCGCUUGAUCUCAAUAGGCAGGCAGUUCCAAAGUAUAGGCACUGCCUACAGAUUUAGGAGUGAGGAUCCCUGCCAAAGAUCAGUGAAUUAAAAAAUGAGAAUGCUUUAAUUCCAGUAGGAAGGAAAGUAGUCAAAAGCUUUACUAUUUGUUAUUUUUAUGUAUUUUAUUUUACUGUAUAUGCUUAUGUACAUUUUCCUGUUGCUCAAGAUGAGUUCAUUAUGUUACUGUGAAAGUAUGUUUUGCCAUUAUCCUAAAAAAAACCAGACCCACUCCGCCCUUUCCUGUGGUGAGGCCUGUGGAAAAAGAAGAGCGCCGUCUCCCCCUUCAGUUCAAUCUCAAUAUCCUACUUAGUGGGAUUUACUUCCUAAUAAACUUGUUCAGGGUUGCAGCCAAAGGGUUGUAUCAAGUUAUACCUAGUGACAGGAAGUCCUCCUGGUUGGAACAUCAUCCCCGUGAGUCCACUCUGGGCAAACUGGAAAUGUUGUAUUUGACUGCUACAGUGAUGUCACAUCCCACAGAGCAGACCCUUUGAAAUGAAUGCACCGAAGUUUGUAAUGUCCAUUGUUUUUAAUGGGUCUGCUCUGAAUAAGACUAACCUUGGCUAUCACCCUAAAACUCAAUGCAUCUUCAGAAUAAUAGUGAACCCCUUUUUGUCAUUUUAUAUCAGUAUUCAUGCUUAUAGACUUACCAUAUUUUUUGCUCUAUAAGAUCAUUUUUUCCCUCCUAAAAAGUAAGGGGAAAUGUGUGUGCAUCUUAUGGAGCGAAUGCAGGCUGUGCAGCUAUCACAGAAGCCAGAACAGCAAGAGGGAUUGCUGCUUUCGCUGCGCAGCAAUCCCUCUUGCUGUUCUGGCUUCUGAGAUUCAGAAUAUUUUUUUUCUUGUUUUCCUCCUCCAAAAACUAGGUGCGUCUUGUGGUCUGGUGCGUCUUAUAGAGCGAAAAAUACGGUAUCUUUCAGAGAUUGACCUUUUUUUGUUUUCCUUUCCUAGGGACUGAAUCUGGAUGACUGUUCUAUGUACGAGGACAUUUCACGGGGGCUACAGGCCACCUACCAGGACAUAGGGAACGUGAAAGUGAUUGAUUUGCAGGUGGAGAAGCCAGAGAAACCGUGA